AUGACUUCAGCCGAAGAAUCCGGCACCAGCUCUUGGUACCGGGUGCCGACGUGGUCGGGCAACCCGGCGGAAUGGCGACAGUUCCGCCGGGAGAUGAACUGGUGGAUGGCUUCGCUGGAUGAAGAAUCCUGCAAGAAGUUCAAUGUCGCCGCCCGAUGGGCACUUAGACAAUAUGGUGUGGUCAGGGCUCGUUGUGAAGAAUUCGAUCCCCAGGAUCUUGAAGGGACCAAGGAAGAAGCCAUGACCGAUCCUGACACCGGCGACAAGGUGAUUCGGGUUGCUGCAGACCCUUUUGCUGGCCUCAAGAAACUCAUGACUGCCUUGGAGGCCACGGUUGGGAAGACAGCUUUGGAUAGAAAGGGAGAACUCCGAUCCCUUUACUAUCAAGAAAUCAAACGCAGCCCUGGAGAGAGAAUCUCAGCAUUUUGCACGAGAUUCCGGACACUUGCAGCUGAGCUCAAACGGGAAGGCAUAGUGACGCCGGAGGAGGAGUUAGGCUGGAUGUUGAAAGAACGUUUGGGACUGGAUGCAAUCAGGAAGCAGUUGCUGGAGACAGCAUUGGCAGGUCGGGAGAACUAUGAUGUGGUCGAAUCAGAAUGCCUUCGUCUGUUUCGAGAUUUGCACUCCUCCGACCCUUUGAACAAGAGCAGACCUUUUGAUAAGGCACCACUACUCCAGCGUUUCCUACAGUCCCAUGACAGACACAGCUCCUCUUCGUCCUACAGGCCUUCGACUACAGCCAGCUCGACGGCUCCCUCUUCUCGCUCCUUCCGGACUCAGAGCUCUGGUUCCAGCCGGCCACCUUUCAAGCGUUUUGGCCAGCAGCCUCAACCUCGACAAGCCUUGAUUGCCGAGGCCCCUGAAGAGGAAGGCCAGAUGGAGGCGGAAGAUGAAGAGCUGAUUCCAGACGAUGAUGGUCAGGGUUACUCUCCUGAGAACCUGACGAUCGAAGAAGUCCUCCAGACCGAAGCUGAGCUUCUUGCCCACGAGCUGCAGGAGCUCGAGACUGAAGGUUGCGACCCUCGAGUGCUUGAAGAUUUGGAGAGCGGCAUGGAACAGGCCGCAGAGAGUCUGUUGACAAUGCGUGAAGCACGCACCAAAAUAGCUGAGGUCAAGAAAGACCGUGGAUAUGGAAAGCCUGGCCAACCGGCUCCUCGUUCGACGAAGCCCCAUGGCAAUCAAGUCCCUCGCCAAAAGAGCACUACAAAGUGCUUCGACUGUGGUGAGGUGGGACACUGGGCUGGUGAUGCAGGCUGCAAGGCCCCUGGUGCUGGCCUGGCUCGACCCAAAGGAAAGCCUAAGAGCCAGAUGACGAAGCAGGUCCGUGUCACCGAGACCCUGAACACUGAACAUGUGGCUCCUGAAGAACCUGAUGACAUGGGCCACGAGGUCAUGACAGUGGCCGCCGGCGAUUCAUGGGAUCGCCCAUUGUUCGAAGUCCUCAUGCAACACCAUACCGACCCCAAGAGCACUCCACGUCUCGCACAAGACAAGAGAUUCGUUGGAGCUUGCAAUAGAACAUGCGCAGGUUCCUCAUGGUUGGCCUUCUACCUCCAAGCCCUCGAACGUGCUCCUUCCUAUAUCCAGAACCUCACCAUCACCACCCCCGAGAAUGAGUUGUUCAGGUUUGGAAAUGGUGGUACCCAAAGAAGCACCGUGAGGUACAGACUCCCUAUGGCCCUGGGUUCGACUUUGGUUUUGGUGUGGGUGUCAAUAGUGCCAGUGCCAUCGUUGGGACUCCUUUUGGGAAGAGACUUUUUGAGCGCUAUCGGUGCGGUCCUUUCGUUCGGCCGCAAGCUACUGAGAGCUGACUUGGUGGGUGGCGAACUCUUGGAGUUGGGUCAGCUGGCCGCAGGCCACUUCGCCCUUCCACUCCAGGCUCGCCAAUGGCCUCGUCCGGACUCCCAACGCUGGCGGAAACUUGGACAAGACGGCAUAGUUGAACUUCAGUUGAACAGUUUUGAUUUUUGGAAGAAACAGUUGCAAUUGAAGAUGAGUCAUUUUGAAGUGCCUUUUGAGUCAACCUCCGAAGCACCGCAUGAGCACCUUGUGACAGAGCAUGCGAUCCUUGCUGCGACAUCGGCCGGGGCUCAAGCUAUGAAGGAUCUGUGGAUCGUAAUGGAAGCGGCCCAGCACUUCGACCUGACCGAGAACGACUACACGAAGGUGGUGCUGCGCUGGCGGCGAAUGCUUCUCCGCCUUCGCGCAAAGGCCGCUUGGCGCGCACAUGGCUUGCUCUUGUGGCUGUUGCCUCGUCCGCAGCUGCGGUACGCGCCCUUUCCGUACCCCAGCAUCAGCCAUACCAGACAUUGGCAAGAACAAGCCGAAUCUAUGACCCUCCAGAAGCCAAAGGCAUUGAUGGCCAAGCACUGGCAGCGAGCUCGAAUCCAAGAACCGUCAGUGUACACGACCAAGAACCUCCUGGACUUGGGACAAUUCAGGAACCGUGCUGGCCUCAACUUCGCCUUCAUGGAGGACAACAUGUUGCAAGGAAUGCUUGCGGCGCGCGCCAGCAAAGGCCUGACGGCCCAAUUGAAGCGGGAUGCCAUUCAGGAAGCCCAACUCGAAGCCGAGGCCGCUACCAAGCGUGGAGAGAAGCACGACAUGGUGCGCUCCCUCAUUGGCCCAAAGGGGGGCCUGCCAACGUUGAAGGCAGACCUGGUGAAACUGGCUUCACUCCUGAACAUCCCCGUCCAGACUGGAAUGACUGUGGAAGACCUCAAGAAAGCUUGCCGCCCCUUGGUUGCCGAGAUCGCUCAAAAGCCAACUCCCUCGAAGGCAAGUGGAUCUACCAGUUCAACGGAAAGACAUGUCCCCGAGACGUCAAUGGCGAGACCUUCUCAAGCGCCCGAGACAAUUGGCGCAAAGGCCAAGGCAUCUCCUGGAGUGACCGCUCAAGAGCUACAGGAAGUCCUCACCAUGCAGGACCACAAGUUCCAAGGGAUGCUGAACCAAGUGCUCCAGAGCAUUUCGACCCUGCACCAAGCAUCGCACCUGCCAGGACCUAUGACUUCCGGUCUGAUGGAAACCGAAGCAACCAUGGACUUCGGCUGGACCCAGGACGAGAUUCAACAGAUGAACCGCGACUACUACCAGGACGACUUGGAGUGGCGCCAGGAAGUGAAUGAAGUCUAUGAGGAGCAGUGGCAUCGAGCGAUGGACCACUUCCAGAACGAGAUCUUUGUCACCACCCUCACCGUUGGCGAUGAGAAGUCUUUUCAGUCCCAUGCCAUGUCUGAGAAUAGGUUGAUUUCAAAGAACCCCGACCUUGUUGAGAAUGACCGCUUCCCCAAGACCUUUGUCACCGAGGUCUACGCAAACACGGAGCGAGUUGCGCAGACGGCUCGCAAACGAGGACAUCGAGUGGGAGCCUCAAUGAGCUUGGAAUCAGGAUGGAACUUUCUCCGUCCACUGGAUCGCAAAGCUGCCAGAGCCGUCCUGAAGCGUGAAAGUCCUUUCUUUUUGGUGCUGGCAUUUCCUUGUUCCUUUUGGAGUGUGUUACUCAACCUCAACCCUCCGAAGAAUGGCACCAAGAUGUAUGAGGAAGCGAUCACCCUCUUGCAGUUCGCCCUCCAAUUGGCCAAGGACCAGAAGAGUCGUGGUUGUCACUUUGUUUUGGAGAACCCUCAAUCCUCUAGAGCAUGGACCCUGGAAGAGAUGCAAAGAGCCUUGGAGCAACUUGAGGCCCGUUGUGUAGUCUUCCACCAAUGCCGAUUCCGCUUGAAGAACCAGGCCCUGGUGGUUGGAAUGGAAAAGCAAUUUGAAGCUGACUUCAAAAGACCACACAACAUCCUUGCCAUCGAAGACGGUGAGGAGGCUGAAGAUGAGACCGCCCUGCCGAUUGACAUGAACCUGAGUGACUCUGAUCAGGAGUCCACUGAAGCUGAGGCAGUAAGCGCCUACAACUCGGACAUCAACGACGCUGGUGUCUCUCCUACGCAAGCUGCCUUUGGAAAGCAACCCCGGAUGCACGGAGAUUGCCUUGGUGAUUUUGGUCGCCGCUUGAGUGAGCAUGGACUCAUCGACUCUCGGCCAAGUUUGGCCAGACAAGUUGCCAUGCGAGAGACUGCUCGCUUGGCGAUGGUGCGCCUUCAUUUUUCCAAAGGCCUUCGACGAGCUGAACUAGCCCGCUCUCGAGGACCGACGGCAGAGCAUGGCCUAUCUCCUGGAGAUAUCGUCUACUUCUUCAGGCAAACUCGGUUCAACAACCGAACAGCUGCAUCCAAGAAACGGCUCAGUCUCAAGCGAUGGCAUGGCCCUGCCCUCCUCGUCGCUUUGGAGGGCAAUGUGAAUGGAUAUGUGAGUUUCAGAGGACAACUGACCAAGUGCGCUAUUGAGCAUUUGAGACCAGCCAGCUCCCUGGAACAAGUUGCGAGUGAGGUAUGGCAAGAUGCCAUUCAGGAAGUCAUCGAUGCGGCAUACCAUGAUCGACAGAUACCAACGACUUCCUCAUCUACAACCACCUCGGCUGAACCCGAAGCACAGGGUGAACCAAUGACGGGAGUGUCUCUACCUGUUGAACCUGUUCCUCUUUCGGCCGUACCUGAAGAAGCUCCUGCCGAUCUACCACCUUUACAUCCUCAAGAGUUCGUGCAAGCCCUCGGCAAUGCUCAAGGUGGUCCUAUCUCAAGAGGAUGGUCUCGACAUACUUCUUCUUUGCCAGACUUAGGUACAUCUCCAUUUCCUGAAGCUGUACGAGCUGCCUUUGAACAGAGACGGCAGAGCGUUUCCAGUGCCGCCCCAAGUGCUAGCGGCGAGUCACAAGCUUCCAAGAGGCCUGCUGAACUGGAUGCUGAGCGCUUGCGUGAAGAAGCUCUUCAACCAGACCCUGUUGCUCCAACUCCGGCUCAACCUCCAGAUGAAGUUCCUGAUGAAGCUUCCGAAGCCCUGAGAGUGACUCAUGAAGUGAUGGAAAUGGAAGCCUAUGCCAAUGUACAUCCGCUCCGUCAGAUCCAGAUCAUGGCGGAACAGGAUCGUCUAAAUCCCUUGGAAGCCAGAGUCCGAGACCAUGGGACAUGGCGUGGCAAUUGGCCUCUCCCCUCGAGGACAGAAUUCAAACGACGGCAAAUGCUGAAGCAACUUUGGCCCCUUGGCAAUGAUGAUGCUGCUCAGGAAGUGCUUGCAGUGCUCACUGCUCGUAAGGAGCAUGUAUGGAGUCACAUGUCGGACUUUGAGAAAAAGGAGUUCCGUGAAGCAGCAGCCAAAGGAUGGUCAGUAUGGGUUGAAAAUGAAGCCAUCGAACCUCUUCCAGAUGCCGAAGCUGCCCGCAUUAGGCAGAAGUUGAAGACAGAAGGUGAAAGCCACCGCAUCUUGGUUCCUCGCUUCGUCUAUGUGGACAAGAAUGACGGACUGAGGACGGCAGACCGGGACCUUCCACUCAAGGCUAACGCCAGGCUGGUCGUCCCCGGAUACCAAGACAUUAGUGCAUAUGGCCUUCGCUGUGAUGCUCCAACAGCGUCGAGAACUUCUCAGCAUCUUUUGCUGACCUUUGCCGCCAGUAUGAAGUGGAAGCUGGCAAGUGCUGACAUCAAGUCGGCAUUCAUGAAAGGUGAAGAGUUUGGCCCCAAUGAACGCAUCCUCUACCUCGCCAACGUGAAGACCAGAGCACCUGAUGAGCCACGCCUACCAUUCUCUGAAGCAGGCUUAUGCCGUGUGAAAAAGGGAGUAUUUGGCUUAGCUGACAGCCCUCGUCGUUGGUAUAAGAGGUUAUGCAAGUCAGUACAACACCAUGGUUGGCAACUUUCAGCUCUGGAUUCGGCCAUGUGGUUCCUGUGGGAAGGCUCCAAAUUGGAAGGCGUCCUCAUCUCCCACGUGGAUGACUUGCUACUGGCCGGAGGCCCUCGUGCGCACCACACCUUGCAAUUGCUGGGUGCCGAACUUGGGUUUGGUUCCACCUCCACCGGAACCAUAACCUAUUGUGGAAAGAAGAUUGAGCAAGCUGAAGAUUUUUCAGUGAAAGUUUCCAUGGAAGAGUACCAUAGCAAUCUUCAGCAGGUGCGCAUCAACCCACUUCGAAAGAAGAAUCCAGAAGCUACUUUGAUGCCUGGGGAACAACGCCAGCUCAGAGCUCUCCUUGGGAGUUUGCAUUCCCACGAAGCAGCCAUCAAGAAGGUCUAUAGUCAAGCCGCCUACUUUGUCCUCAUUGCUGACGAAAACCUCAUGAGCGGCAGAGAAGGCAAGUUCACAGUGUUGGACGCCCGGUCUCAUAGACUGAACCGGGUAUGCAGAUCGACAUUUGCCGCAGAGUUGCUGGGCAUUGAGGAGGCGCUGGAUGCCGGGCAAUAUUGCCGCGGCGUGCUUGGCGAAGCUUUCGGUCAUCCACUCGACCGGAAGCCCUUUGACCUUAGCACGGAUUCCGUGCCCCUGUUGGUUGUCACCGACGCCAAGGAUGCAUUCGACAAAUCCUGCUCAGAAACGCCGAGCUAUGGCAGCCAAAAGAGUUUAGCUUUCACCAUAAGUUGGCAUGUUUUGAAUGAAGAUUUGGCCGUCAACGUGUGCCGUCAGGGCAGUGGCCUUCACAGCUUCCUGUGCCGCCAUUUGCGCCAGCUUCUCGAGAAGGCUCUCCAGCUCAGUGAGCUCUUUCAGCAGCACCUCACCUCGCAAACCUUGAAAAACACAUUUCCUGCAGGCGACUACCAUCAGGGCAGUGGCCUUCACAGCUUCCUGUGCCGCCAUUUGCGCCAGCUUCUCGAGAAGGCUCUCCAGCUCAGUGAGCUCUUUCAGCAGCACCGCACCUCGCAAACCUUGAAAACCACAUUUCCUGCAGGCGACUACCAUUAG